AUGGACAUAGAAGACAACGUAAACCAGAAGGACUUCUUCCACCUGGUCUUCCAUGAGGUGGUGUCUGCAGAGUCUGGGAUGUUCAUGUUUAACGACUCUGCCACUCUAGCCUGGUUCUCCUCUACAGCCAUGCCCCCUCUUGAGCACUACUUCCUGUUCGGAGAGCUGUGCGGGCUGGCUCUGUACCACCUCCACGCCGUGUUCCUGCCCUUUCCUCUCGCUCUUUUUAAGAAGCUGCUGGGAGUGUCUCCCUCUCUGGAUGACCUGUGCCAACUUAGCCCCUGCACCGGACAGAGUCUGAGGUGCCUGCUGGAGGAGUACAGUGACGACAUGAUACAAACUCUGGACAUGGACUUCACGAUCCACUGGGACCAGAAGAAGGUGCCUCUGGAUCCACACAGCCCUGACCGCCCAGUGACCGCUCACAACCCAGAAGCCACGUUACUCCUGGGGAUCCUCAUCUUCAUGCCCACCGCUAUUUAG